AUGCUGGGCAAUGAGCUUGUGCGAUCACAAGCUGCAAAGGAAUGCUGGGGGAAGAGCAUAUGCGAACACGGGCAGCAGCGAUCGAUUUGUAUGGUGUGCAAAGGAAAACGUUGCGAGCACGGGCGGCGGCGAUCAUCAUGCAAAGACUGCAAGGGGGGCAGCAUAUGUGAACACAGUCGGCAACGAAGCAUAUGCAAAGAAUGCAAGGGAAAUGGGAUCUGCGAGCAUAACAGGCGACGGUCAACGUGUACGGAGUGCGGUGGACAGGCAUUGUGCCAGCACGGACGGAGACAAUGGAUAUGUAAGGAUUGCAAGGGGAAAGGGAUCUGCCGACAUGGUCAGCGUCGAACGCUUUGCAAGGAAUGCGGGGGCAAGAGCCUCUGCGAACAUGGACGACGUCGAUCACUUUGCAGAGAUUGCGGGGGAGGAAGCAUUUGCGAACAUGGACGGCGACGAACGACAUGCAAGGAAUGUGGGGGAGGGAGCAUGUGCGCUCAUGGAAGGCAGAGAUCACAUUGUAAGGAGUGCGGGGGAAGAGGCGUAUGCGAGCAUCAGCGACGACGAUCGAGCUGCAAGUAUUGCAAAGAGGCCAACACUUGCAAAGGUGGACAGCAGUAG